UAUGCAUAGUCCAUGGACAGCUUUAGCUAAUAACAUUAGUCAAUCUAAACUUUGGCAGAUCAUUUUUUUUACUCCUUUUGAACACUUCGUUCCUCGAGUCCAACUUUCCACCAGCCUAUAGUUCAAGUAAAGUGUAAUACUAGUAUGAGUGCCUUACCUAUCCUCACCAUAAAGGAAGAAUAUAUGUGUUAUAUUUCUAGUGCUCUUGGUAAAUAACAACACUUUUUGGUAACCAUCUUAAUAGAUAAGCUAAAGAUCAAAGGAGUUUAAAAAAAUGUUAUAGUCUUGCUUUAAUCGUUUUCUAGUUGUGGUUGUUGAUCGAGAAAGGAGUAUAGUGAACUACUUUGGAAACGAAUCUUGAUAUGGAGACAAAUAAAAUGCCAUAUUCUUUUACUUAAGUAUUAUUUAAUUUCUCUGGAGGCAUUAUCUUCCAUAUCAACAGCCUCAAACAUAGCAAAUUAACUCUAUAAAUCCACUCUGCUGUGAUAAAUGAUCUAGUGCCUGUGACAAAAGAUUGCACUAGAUCUAUUCUCAGUACAAUUUAUCCUUCUUGAACUAUGUAGAAGAAGACAAAGGUGAAAAAUCCUGAGAAAAUAUUCCCAGAAUUACUUUUGUUAAAGUCUGAUAAAAGCAAGAAUUUUUCAACAGUGAUUAUGGCCAGCUGAUUUUGACCAACACCAAGAAAUUAUAUCUCCCUUAAUUUGAUUCCUUCUUUUCCUUUUUCAAUUUAACUAUCUAGUGUCAAAAUUUACUGACCACUAAAGUCUAAAGGUCCUCCCUUUGAUUCCUUGGAUUCCCCUUAAACCAUACAGCUUCAUUUCACACUUACAAGACUCACUCUUCCCAGUUAAGUUUCAAGAUUCGACCUUUUCAUAAACAUAAGGGCACAACACAACACAACACUGUUCUUGAGCAGUGAUGUCUUCUUCAAGUGGAAGAGCAACAGGGCAAUCCUACAAUGGUAUUGUAAGAAGAAUGGUGAGUCUUCCUCGUAACAUUAUGGGUGGAUUUUCAAGAGUAAUGGAUCAAGGAAUGGACCUAAUGGGAAUUGGAGGAAGAAGAAAUCAGCAACACCAAUUGCCACACCCAAAUUCCCCUUACCAACACCCUUAUGAAUUCCCUUUUCAAGAUCCAUUUGAUUUCCCUCCACAAAAUUACCCACAUGACCCUUCAAUGGUCCAAGAAGAAUGGGCAUUUUUAACCACUUUUGAGCAGCAAUAUGGCACUGAACAUCCAUUUUUCUAUGCCUGUAAAUUCAUGGAUGCACUAAAGAUAGCUAAGGAUGAGCACAAGUUCUUGUUUGUGUACUUUCACUCUCCACAGCACCCUUUUACACCUUCUUUCUGCAGUGAGACAUUGUGUUGUGACCUUGUGGUACAGUUUCUUGAUGCAAAUUAUGUUUGUUGGGGUGCACUUGCUGAUAGAGGGGAGGGUUUGCAGAUGGCGACAACUUUAAAGGCUUCAAGUUUUCCUUUUUGUGCCCUUGUGGCUCCUGCUCCUGGAGAUAGCAUAGCUGUGCUGCAACAGUUGGAGGGUCCAGUCUCCCCAGCUGAAUUAGUGGAGAUAUUACAAAGAACAAUGGAAGAACAAGGAUUGGCUUUUGGCAGUGGAAGGGCCAGAGAGCAGGAAAAGUUAAGGGCGGAUCGCCGACUAAGGGAAGAACAAGAUGUAGCUUUCAUUGCAUCUCUUCAGAUUGAUGAGGAGAAAGAGAAACUCAAGAACAUAAUGCCCUCACAUCGGAAUUCAAAACCAGAACAUGUCCCAAAUAAAUCAAAUCAAGAGAAACCUAAACAAAAUCCAACUAUCCAAACCAGCAAGCAAAAAGAAGCUACUUCUGCCAGAGUAACUAUGCAAAACCCUUCACUAUCCCAACCUAGCAAGAGAAAAGAAUCUAUCUUUGCCAAAGCAACUAUGCAAGAUCCUACACAAUCCCAUUCUAGUAAGAAGGAGGAGCCUUCCAUUGCAAGUUCAGGAAAAAAUGCUCCAGUGACUCAGAUUGCAAUUCGAUUUCCUAAUGGUGAGAGGAGGGAGCAGAGCUUCUCAUCAAUAGACAAGAUUCAAGCAAUUUUUCGGUAUAUCGAUUCGCUAGGGUUGCCUGGAGUUGAAAAUUACAGAUUGAUAUCAAACUUUCCAAGGAAAGUCUAUGGUGUGGAUCAAAUGGGAGUGACACUCAAAGAUGCAGGCCUUCAUCCUAAAGCAAGCCUCUUCCUGGAGCUUCUUUGAAGUUAGAAUGUUACUCGUUGUAGCAUGAACAUAUUUCGUAUCAUACUCUGUACCAAAGCGUGUACGACUCUUUCUACGCGCAGAUUAUAUAUUAUGAUUAGUACGUUUUUACUA